GACACUGUUGAUUUAUUUUCAAGUUUGCAGAACAAUAAUGCACGAAGUUUUCUAUCGAUACAAUUAUUAUGAUCUCAAGGCAGACGAGAAGUCAAGAUGCUCUGGGAAUAUUGGAAUCAUGCAUAGUGAUUACUGACUCAAAUUAAUCUACUGGUCGAAAAAAAAGUUUUUUAGUGACAGUUAUAUUUUAAGAUGAACAUGUUUUGGUUUCAUUUGUGUUUACUUUUUCAGAUUGUUUGUUAUCAUGUGGUUCUAGCCGAAAAUAACGAAACCUGUGUCACUCCAGAUGAACAUAAAGGAAAAUGUGUUCUAAUGGACGAUUGUGCUUCCCUCUCAGCAUUAAGGAAGAAAAGACCAAUUUCAUUAAUAAAUACGAACUUCCUCAUUCUAUCUAUUUGUGGUUCUCAAGGCAAGAUACCAAAAGUUUGUUGUCGAACGGAAAUAGCGAAGACAGAGACCGACGACGUUCUACAUUCAUCGAACCCCAAUUUAUUACCAAGCACAAGGGAAUGUGGAGUGGAUCUCGGGCAAAAAAUCCUCGGGUUUGGGGGACAUGUAGUUGAUUUGGAUGAAUUUCCUUGGUUGGCUCUGCUUCUAUACGAACUGUCAAAUGGAUGGAAAAGUUUUAGAUGUGGAGGUGUCCUUAUCAAUGACAGAUAUGUAUUAACUGCUGCACAUUGUUUGAAAGAGAAUACAUUGCAACAGUUAUGGAAGCUAAAAUCUGUUCGGUUGGGUGAAUUCAACAAAGAUUCAGAUGAAGACUGCAGAUUUAAUGUAUGUUUAACCAUUCCACCAAUCGAUGUAAAUAUUGAAGAGGAAAUUAUUAAUGAGAAAUAUGAUCCAAAAGAUGAGGAUCUCAAGCACGAUAUCGCUUUGUUACGUUUGGUAACAAAGGUUAGCUACACGGAUUAUGUAAGACCAAUAUGUUUACCAACACUUUUAGAGGAAAGGAAAAAAACUUACAAUGGAAUGACUUUGACAGUUGCAGGAUGGGGACAGACAGAAAAUCGAUCAUCUAGUAGUGUCAAACUAAAAGUAUUGGUUCCGGUAAUGAAGCUUUCCCAAUGUGAAGCACUUUUAAGUAAAGCGAGAAAAGUGAUAUCUGCUGAACAAAUUUGUGCUGGAGGAGAAGAAAAUAAAAGUUCUUGCAGAGGCGACAGCGGCGGUCCCUUGAUGUCAUUUAGUGUGGACGAAAAUGGACUCCUUAACUGGUACCUUGCAGGAAUAUUAUCCUACGGCCCUGUUCCUUGUGGAUUUAAGGAUUGGCCAUCGGUCUAUACGAGGGUAUCUAAGUAUAUGGGAUGGAUUUUGAAACAUAUAAAACCUUAAUGAUAUUAAUUUAUUAUUCAUUGAAAUUUGUAGAAUGAUUAUAUUUCAACCGAAAGUAUUCCUUUCCUUUUUGUGUAGAACGAACAAGAACAAUUUGAUUAUUUAAGCCAACAUGUAUUGAUUUUUACUCUGCAAAACUUCACCCUUGUCAUAAGUGAAACUCAAUUUAUCCUACGAAAAAUUAAAUGGGAGUAACUUGAA